UCAAAGAAAUUGUCACCACGCGGUUAUAAUCUAGUUACCAACUAGAACAUACCCCAGUCUUUUUCUCUCGUCUUCCCUCGUCUUCUCUUCUCUUGUGAGUUGUUCUGUUGUUCACAAACAAACAAAAAUGGCGACUGUCAUAAUUCCAGAAUUUGUACCUUCUCCUGAGCAAGAUUCAGAGACCCUCAAGAACGCAUUCAAAGGUUGGGGAACAGAUGAGAAAGCCGUAAUAAGAGUAUUGGGUCAGAGAAAUGCAACUCAAAGGAAGAUUAUUACUCAAACGUAUCAACAAAUUUACAACGAAUCCCUUUUUGAUAGUCUCCGUUCUGAACUCUCUGGUGAUUUUCUGAGAGCAAUAAUUCUAUGGACAUAUGAUCCUCCGGAAAGGGAUGCAAGACUUAUUAAUCAAGCUUUGAAAGAAAGGAAGAAAGGCUCAAAGCAUUUGCAAGUGAUAGUUGAAAUUGCAUGUGCUUCGUCCCCUCACCAUUUGAUCGCUGUUAGGAAGGCCUACUCUUCCUUAUUUGAUUGUUCUCUGGAAGAAGAUAUUGCAUCUAGUUUACAACUUCCAUUGCGAAAGCUUCUUGUGGCUUUGGUGAGCUCAUACAGGUAUGACAAGGCAGUGGUAGACAUGACUGUGGCGAAACUGGAAGCCGGCCACCUUCAUGAAUCCAUCAAAAAGAAAGAAUUAGAUCAUAAUCAUAUUGUGUGGAAUAUUGCAACUCGGAAUUUUUUUCAGCUAAGAGCAACUUUUGCUUGCUAUAAGCAGGAGUACUCUAGCUCCAUAGAUGAGGACAUUCUGGCAUGUGGAAACGGUGAUUUACAAGCUUUACUGAGAAUUGCAGUUUUGUGCAUAGAAUGCCCUGAGAAGCACUUUGCUGAGGUUAUAAGGAAAGCUGUGGUUGGACUUGGCACGGAUGAAGAUUCACUUACAAGAGCAAUAGUAACUCGAGCUGAGGUGGACAUGGUAAAGAUCAAGGAAGAACAUGUUAAACUGUACAAUCAAACUGUUGAGGAUGCAAUUAUCGGAGACACUUCUGGGGAUUACAAGAACUUUCUACUGACUUUGGUCGGGAAACAAAUUUAAUCGCCAUCUUCAAAUAAUCCUGCAAGCCGAUCUAAUCAGUGGUCAUGGCUUGUUUAUCUUGCACUCGUGUACUAUAACAAACCAUGUGUGAUUGGAACUACUGCUUGUUAAAUCAAUGCCUGUGUAUAACUUGUCUUCUUUUUAACUUAAACCUUGUUAUUUCUAAUUGAAUUUGAUUUGAUCAAGUCUUGUGCCAAAAACAUAUAUAGACUUAUAUAGCAAAUUUGAGUAAAAUUAAGCUUGAAGUUAAACUUACAGUUUCAUAGUUAUAUCGUUGAACAGUUAUUUUGCUUCUAAAUUGUUUGAAUAUGUACCAUUUUUUAUGUCGGAUGUAUUAUUUUGGAAU